GCCCAGGGAACUGGGUUCAGUUCAGCAUGAGUUGUUACCAGUAUUCCACUGAAAAGAAACCUUGGAAGGAGAGUCAGCAGGCCUGCAAGUCCCAGAACUCCACCCUCUUGCACAUAGAUGGCCUGAGAGAGCUGAAUUUCUUUAAAUUCUUCAAACUUUCUGGAUGGAUCGGACUAUCCCGUACUGGACCUGGUAGUUCUUUGAAGUGGGAAGAUGAAACAACUUAUACCAGAAAUUUUCUCUCUUUCACCAACGAAAGAAAGGGUGGAAAUUGUGCAUUAUAUUUAAAUGAAAAAUCAAUAAGUAUGGAAGACUGUGCAAUCGGGAAACCACAUAUCUGUGAGAGCCAGGUAGUGUAAUCUCUUUCCCCGGAAUCCAAGGAACCACCACCUCCUGGAGCAUCCUCUGCACAGAGACUUAGUGAAAUAUUCACUGACUCCUCAUCGCUUCAGUCUUCAGACACUAUUUCUAGGUGUAUUUUUUCUGUCUUCCUUGUCUGGCAUCACAGAAACCAUCAGCACAGCAGCUAGAUGGGAUUGAAGGAAGCAGAUUAAGAGAGAGAGAGAGGCAGAAGCACCACUGACCCCAUCACCUUGCAAUGUUUUUCAUCCCAUUAGCAUUCCCUCAAUCACUAACCUAAGUUAAAAAAAAAAACAAAACUGUAAAGAAAUGAAU